GGCGGGGCCUGGUGGCAGAAGGGACACGUGUGUCAGGGGGGGAAGCAGGAAGUGACUGCGGGAGUGGAGCCGGUGGAGCGAGCGGCAGCGGGGCUGAUGGAAGUGGAGUGGGGGCUGGAGAGGGCACCCCACAGGCCUGGCUGAGGCCUCAGACUGUGCUUGUCUCACCUCCGCUGGUUCUGCGACCACACUUGGAGCAGCAAGCUAUAUCCACCAUGCUUCAAGGCCACAGCACUGUGUUCCAGGCCUUGCUGGGGACCUUCUUCACCUGGGGGAUGACAGCAGCUGGGGCAGCACUCGUGUUUAUAUUCUCUAGUGGACAGAGGCGGAUCCUGGAUGGAAGCCUUGGCUUUGCUGCAGGGGUCAUGUUAGCAGCUUCUUAUUGGUCUCUCCUGGCCCCAGCAGUUGAGAUGGCCAUGUCCUCAGGGGGCUUUGGUGUUUUUGCCUUCAUCCCAGUGGCCGUUGGCUUCACACUUGGGGCUGCUUUCGUCUACCUGGCUGACCUCCUGAUGCCGCACCUGGGUGCAGCAGAAGACCCCCAGAUGGCCUUGGCACUGAACUUAGACUCUACGUUGAUGAAGAAGAAGUCAGAUCCUGAGGGCCCAACACUGCUGUUCCCUGAGAGCGAGCUCUCCAUCCGGAUAGGUAGCACUGGGCAGCUUUCAGGCAAGCUCUCUGCCACAGACAAGAGCGAGAACGGCGAUGCGUACCAGAGAAGGAAGGUGAUGGCUGGCGGCCCCACAGAGGGCCCUGCUACCCUGGCACCUUCUCGGGAGCACCUGGUUCAGCCCAGCAGCAGCAGCUGGAGGAGAAUCACGCUGCUCAUCCUGGCCAUCACCAUACACAACAUCCCAGAGGGUCUUGCUGUUGGAGUCGGCUUUGGGGCUGUGGAAAAGACAAUAUCAGCUACCUUUGAGAGUGCCAGGAAUUUGGCCCUUGGAAUUGGAAUCCAGAAUUUCCCAGAGGGCCUGGCUGUCAGCCUCCCUUUGCGAGGGGCGGGCUUCUCCACCUGGCGAGCUUUCUGGUACGGGCAGCUGAGCGGCAUGGUGGAGCCCCUGGCUGGGGUCUUUGGUGCCUUUGCUGUGGUGCUGGCUGAGCCUAUCCUGCCGUACGCUCUCGCCUUUGCUGCUGGCGCCAUGGUUUACGUGGUCAUGGAUGACAUCAUCCCGGAAGCCCAGAUCAGUGGUAACGGGAAGCUGGCGUCCUGGGCGUCCAUCCUGGGAUUCGUGGUGAUGAUGUCACUGGACGUGGGGCUGGGCUAGCACCGAGACCCUUCAGACUCCAGGAAAGGCAGCACAAGACUUCUGCGGGACCACGAGCCUCUUUCUGCAAAUUAAAACGCUGUUCCUUUCUUUCCUCUUCAUCUCGUUAUCUGGAUCCAUUCUGAUGAUAAUCUGACCAUUUUUACUUCGCUUUUGAGGGAGAUACUGGCUUUCUUUAGAAUCUCACGGUGUCGCGGACCUACAGGGUUUUGUUUUGCCCGCUGAAUGAAUCUUCCUUCGGUGGGAUUGUCAAGGACGUACAGAUCAGGGAAAUCUCUCCUCUCCUCCCUCAGUCUCCCUCUCUAGACUCAGUGACAACUCCUCAAGGUCACCCACAGAAGUAAGUUCCCUGGAGAAGUCUCCUUAGCACUUAGGCCUAGGGCUCAGAGCAGAUUGGAGGCGCCCCUUCUGCUCCAUCAGUGCAGAUCUUCUGCCUGCCUAGGAUGCAGGAACCAGAGGAGGGUGAAUACAGCACCCUUUUUCAGAAGCCGAGCCAGCCUGAAGAGGAACGCACCUUCCUCUCCCUCCCCCAGAGAGAUGGGCACAGGAGAGGCCGCAGACAAAGGGAAGUCAGCCAGUGUUCAUCCUUUUUUUUUUAAGACAAAAAUCUGUAUUAUUGAUGGUAAAGGGAUUCCAAAAUUAGCACAGGUAGGAACACAGGAAAACAGGAGUGUGGCUUUGAGCAGAGGCCUCUGUUCUUGAUGGGUUCCGGGAACAGAGUGUUCGUCAUGGUUCCCCAAUUCCUAAGCAUUAAUUUUUUUCAAGCUUAUAGGUUCCAUCUUUCUAAGAGACUUGAGAAUACCAGCAAACUGCUAGAACUCAAACUCUUCGCUAGCUCACGAAGGGAAUUACUUAAGCGAAGUGAAGGAAGGGCGUUGGAGCCUAGAGCGGCUCCUUGCCUGCUGACCAUUUGGUAACUUAUCACCCAGCCAAUGACCCUUGAGCUCCAGUGGGUUUUGCUGGAGUCUGGCCAGAAGGCUUGAGAAGGAACAGGAAGAAAGGUACAAAGAAGAGAGAUAUCUUGACACUUCCCUCUUAAAGUAAAUUUUAGCCAAGUUAUUCUGAAAGGACCAUAAAGAACGACUGGAGCUAGACUAGAAGCCAACCUACACCUUACACCCAUAGCUUCUCCAGCCAGGGGGAUAGGAGCUGUCUGCUUCAACACAGUGAAAGCCUAUGUUCUCCUUGGUUAGAGGAGCCUAUAGGAUUUUGAGCAACUCUACCAAGAAAGCAGCCAACCCACAGAGCCAGGCAUUCAGGCAUGGUGUUAUCAAUUCCUGCUCUCUGAGUUUACAUGGUCAGUUGCUUCCAAGGGUGAAUCUCCUGCUCUGUGAAUGCUCUAAGACCACGAAAGCCAACUUUGUGCUGGGUCUGUGCAUAUUCUUCCAAAGCACUGUUGAUCAAAACUGAAGACACAUUCAGAGGUUGGAUUGGUUGAGAUUAGCUGGGUUGGUGGUUGAUGUAUGUGUACAUUUCAUUGUUUUAAUGUCUGUAUGUAGUUCUACAUAAUGCAAAUUGUUCUUUCUGCUGGAUAAGACCUCGUAACUGUGAUUAAUAUUAAUAAAAGGAAUAUUGUUGUGGAA